GGGAACAAACUUCAGAAGGAGGAGAGACACGGGGCCCAGGGCACCCUCGCGGGCGGACCCAAGAAGUGAGGGCCUGCAGCCGGCCGGCCAGGGCAGCUGCAGGCGAGGCCGGGACCUACGUGAGUAAGCCCCGAGCCCUCCGCGGGCUGCGAGAGACUCCCCGGCGAUGCCUCACAACUCCAUCAGAUCUGGCCAUGGAGGGCUGAACCAGCUGGGAGGGGCCUUUGUGAACGGCAGACCCCUGCCAGAAGUGGUCCGCCAGCGCAUUGUAGACCUGGCCCACCAGGGUGUGAGGCCCUGCGACAUCUCUCGCCAGCUCCGCGUCAGCCAUGGCUGCGUCAGCAAGAUCCUCGGCAGGUACUACGAGACUGGCAGCAUCCGGCCUGGAGUGAUAGGGGGCUCCAAGCCCAAGGUGGCCACCCCCAAGGUGGUGGAGAAGAUUGGGGACUACAAACGCCAGAACCCUACCAUGUUUGCCUGGGAGAUCCGAGACCGGCUCCUGGCUGAGGGCGUCUGUGACAAUGACACUGUGCCCAGUGUCAGCUCCAUUAAUAGAAUCAUCCGGACCAAAGUGCAGCAACCAUUCAACCUCCCUAUGGACAGCUGCGUGGCCACCAAGUCCCUGAGUCCCGGGCACACGCUGAUCCCCAGCUCAGCUGUAACUCCCCCGGAGUCACCCCAGUCGGAUUCCCUGGGCUCCACCUACUCCAUCAAUGGGCUCCUGGGCAUCGCUCAGCCUGGCAGCGACAAGAGGAAAAUGGAUGACAGUGAUCAGGAUAGCUGCCGAUUGAGCAUUGACUCACAGAGCAGCAGCAGCGGACCCCGAAAGCACCUUCGCACGGAUGCCUUCAGCCAGCACCACCUCGAGCCACUCGAGUGCCCAUUUGAGCGGCAGCACUACCCGGAGGCCUAUGCCUCUCCCAGCCACACCAAAGGCGAGCAGGGCCUCUACCCGCUGCCCUUGCUCAACAGCACCCUGGACGACGGGAAGGCCACCCUGACCCCUUCCAACACGCCACUGGGGCGCAACCUCUCGACUCACCAGACCUACCCCGUGGUGGCAGAUCCUCAUUCACCCUUCGCCAUAAAGCAGGAAACCCCCGAGGUGUCCAGUUCUAGCUCCACCCCUUCCUCUUUAUCUAGCUCCGCCUUUUUGGAUCUGCAGCAAGUCGGCUCCGGGGUCCCAGCCGGUGCCUCGGUCCCGCCCUUCAAUGCCUUUCCCCAUGCUGCCUCCGUGUACGGGCAGUUCACGGGCCAGGCCCUCCUCUCAGGGCGAGAGAUGGUGGGGCCCACGCUGCCCGGAUACCCACCCCACAUCCCCACCAGCGGACAGGGCAGCUAUGCCUCCUCUGCCAUCGCAGGCAUGGUGGCAGGAAGUGAAUACUCUGGCAAUGCCUAUGGCCACACCCCCUACUCCUCCUACAGCGAGGCCUGGCGCUUCCCCAACUCCAGCUUGCUGAGUUCCCCAUAUUAUUACAGUUCCACAUCAAGGCCGAGCGCACCGCCUACCACUGCCACGGCCUUUGACCAUCUGUAGUUGCCGUGGGGACAGUGGGAGCGACUGAGCAACAGGAGGACUCAGCCUGGGACAGGCCCCAGAGAGUCACACAAAGGAAUCUUUAUUUAUUACAUGAAAAAUAACCACAAGUCCAGCAUUGCGGCACACUCCCUGUGUGGUUAAUUUAAUGAACCAUGAAAGACAGGAUGACCUUGGAGAAGGCCAAACUGUCCUCCAAGACUCCUUAAUGAGGGGCAGGAGUCCCAGGGAAAGAGAACCAUGCCAUGCUGAAAAAGACAAAAUUGAAGAAGAAAUGUAGCCCCCAGCCAGUACCCACCAAAGGAGAGAAGAAGAAAUAGCCGAGGAGCUUGGGGGGAUGGCAAACGGUUCCUGCCUGGGCCCAAGGGGUGCACAGGGCACCUCCAUGGCUCCAUUAUUAACACAACUCUAGCAAUUAUGGACCAUAAGCACUUCCCGCCAGCCCACAAGUCACAGCCUGGUGCCGAGGCUCUCCUCACCAGCCACCCAGGGAGUUACCGCCCUCAGCCUCCCGCCUGCCCCACACGGAGGCUCUGGCUGUCCUCCUUCUCCACUCCAUUUGCUUGGCUCUUUCUACACCUCCCUCUUGGGCAUGGGCUGAGGGCUGGGGUGAGUCCCUCAGAAAUUCCACCAGGCUGUCAGCUGACCUCUUUUGCCUGCUGCUGUGAAGGUACAACACCACCCCAGGUCCUCCUGCAGUGGGGCAUCCCCUUGGCAGCUGCCGUCAGCCGGACCAGCCCCAGGCAGCUUAAAACAGACAUUCCACAGGGCCUGGGCCCCUGGGAGGUGAGGUGUGGUGUGCGGCUUCACCCAGGGCAGAGCAAGGCAGAAUCGCAGGAAACUCGCUUCCCCUUCCCGACAGCUCCUGCCAAGCCAAAUGUGCUUCCUGCAGCUCACGCCCACCAGCUACUAAAGAGACUCAAGGCACCCCCUGAAGCCAGCGAUAGAGGGUCCCUCUCUGCUCCCCAGCAGCUCCUGCCCCCAAGGCCUAACUGUAUAUACUGUAAAUGAAACUUUGUUUGGGUCAAGCUUCCUUCUUUCCACCCCCAGACUUUGGCCUCUGAGUGAAAUGUCUCUCUUUGCCAUGUGGGGCUUCUCUCCUUGAUGCUUCUUUCUUUUUUUAAAGACAACCUGCCAUUACCACAUGACUCAAUAAACCAUUGCUCUUCAUCUCAGGCUUUGGGGUUGGCUGGGGAAGGAGGCACCUCGGGGCUGGGCUUUCUCCCAAGAACAUCAGAGCUGAGUAGCCGACAAACUCACUUUGGGGCUGUGGGUUGGAAGGGACCAUCUGAUGCCCCAGAGCUCUGGCUUGGCCUUCUCCCUCUGCCUUUAAUUCAUGUUGAACGCUGGGUACCUCACUCAUCCCAAGUUCUUCAACACUGAACAAAUGCAAGGAUAGCACAGUAUUGAGCCAACCAUAGACUCCCCACAAGGAGUUGCUGUUGUUAUUAACAGGAAGCCAGAGAAUCAGCAGGAUGGGUUAGUGAAGGAUCCGGGAAUAGCUAUGACUGGAGCCUGCAUAAACAGCUCUGAAGAGAGAGAGAAGACCGGGCUGUCUUGUGUGCCAGGCACAGUAUGGAGGGCUUCAUAUAAGUUAAGUUGAAAUUAGCCCUGUUUUACAUACAGCCUCAUUUUACAUAUGAGGAAACUGAGGCUUUGAAAAAAAUGAGAUGUCUUGCCCAAGAUAAGAAGUAGUAGAUUCAACCAAGUCCUCUUACUCUAAGCCCAAUGCUUUUACCCAAAACCCCAGAGUCCUCAUCAGGGAUGCCAAACGGUUCUAGACCCAAUGGGGAUUCUGGAGCUGCCACUGGGGAUUUAAUUUCUUUUGAUUUGCUAAAAAUUUGGCCUGACUGAAUGGAGAGGUAGAGUGUGGUGGGGCCAGGACAAGGUGAGGGAGGCUGUAGAGACUUAGGACUUUAGGCCAACCACCUCCAGGAAAUUUGGGAAAUGCAAUGUGACAGCUCGGGCUCUGCACUCCAGGGGGCUGUCUGGUGUCCACAUGGACCUUCUCCAUGUGAAACGCAGCUGGAACAAGGAGGCAGGGGCCUGCAGCUGGGAUCCCCAGGUGAAUGUGGACAGCUGGACAGACAACACUGGGAUUGAGUCAGAUGGAAGGGGCCCAAGGACUCCAGGGCUGGGAGGACAGAGGCUGGGAGAGAGGGCUCUUACCUCCUUAGGCCUCCCAAAGAGAGGUUAGGGAUGCUGCCAUGGAUGGCAUGACAGGGGGGAACCCUCCCUGGAAGAAAAUCCAUCUCUUCUGAGGGGAUCUGAGAUGCAGCUGUUUUUUCAAUGGCAGAACUUCCCUCUGCAGCGCGACUCCAAAUCCAUGACAUCUGAGAGUCUUCUUGACCUCAAACCUCUGGGAUCCCGAGUGCUCCCUACCCAAGAAUCACUUUGAGCACAGCAUCCCAAGGAGCCCGUAGAGCGAUCCCUUGCAUUCACAGCCACAGCCCCUCUGGGGACACUCUGUACUCCCGGCAGACCCUUUCCAACUCACAACCAAUAAAGGGGCUUGGGCUGUGCUUUGGCUGAGGUGACCAUGGUAAAACUCGCCUUUCUUUCCCGGAGGUGAGCUGGGUUUGCCAGGAACCUCUGCUCAGAGCGGGUGUUUGGUGACUGUGGGAUGUGUUCCCCAUGUAGCGGGCCUUGGCUAGUACCUACCCAAUAUUCUGCCCAUGGUCAAACCAUGGGUCCCCUUUUUGGGCUCAGAAAAUGGGGCCAUUUAUGUAUUGGGCGAAAGAAAGACAAUUCGAAGUGCCCCAGCAUUUGGGGUGGUGUUGGGAGGAGUCAGGCUGGCACAUGGGGGGACGCAAUGAAGAAGGGUGUGAUGACAAGGACAGGGAGGACACGCAGAGGGCUUUGAGGGUUGGCCAAGGGGCCACUUUCACCUGGGGUAGGGAGGGCAGCAUCUGUGAGUGGUCGCAGGUGAAGGGGGGUUGCUUUAUGGUGCAGGGGAGCCAGGGUUUCUCUGGGGGUGGUAUGUGUGUUGGUAGGAGAAUUGGGGAUGAGGCAUGGGCCAAAAACAUUGCUGAGGCAUUGAGAGCACUGAGGGCCUAUCCCUUCCCCCUGGAAUAAUACCUUUAACUGCUCAUGUAGAGAGACCACCUGAGCUUCCCAGGUAGUUUACUCUUAACUUCUCCCUGGUCCAUUACCCUCACUCCUCUUCCUCCUCAGGUUCUAGCACAGGCCAGGCCAGCCCAGGGUGCUAGGAGCUUGCAGGAAGUUCAUGUGGACCAACCAACUCUGG